CUGACACCCAGGUAGACAUUACUAUCACAUGCACUCAUAGCUUGAAUAACCCACCUGAGUUUACUGAGAAGAAAGAAGAAACAAAGUCGGCUGCUCCCAGUUCUGGAUAGCUAACCUGGGUGACCUGGAUAGCUAACACACCUGUGUGAGCUUCACUGGAGAAUGUAGCUGCUGCCCUCCAGCCAAGCCACGGGAAACACAUCACCAUGGGAGAAGCUCAAAAGGGCUUACUCUCUGUCAUUGAGAAACUGAAAGGUACCACGGAGCAGGAGGUCAGGAUAGUGCUCCUGGGACUGGACAACGCUGGCAAGACCACUUUACUUAAGAGCUUGGCCUCUGAAGAUGUGAACACAAUCACGCCAACACAGGGCUUCAACAUAAAGAGCGUUGCUUCUCAUGGAAUGAAACUCAAUGUUUGGGACAUCGGAGGACAGAGAAAGAUCAGACCCUUCUGGAAAAAGUACCUGGAAAACACAGACCUUUUGAUUUACGUUAUCGACAGUGCAGACAAGAAGCGUUUUGAGGAGACGGGAUUGGAGCUGUCCGAGCUGAUUGACGAGGAGAACCUCAAGGGUGUUCCAGUUCUCAUCUUUGCCAAUAAGCAGGAUCUGGCCACAGCAUCGCCAGCCAGCGAGAUCGCAGAAGGACUCAACCUGCACACGUACCGGGACCGAGAGUGGCAGAUCCAGGCCUGCUCAGCUGUAUCUGGGGAGGGAGUUCAGGAUGGCAUGAACUGGAUUUGCAACAACAUAGUAAACAGGAAGAAGUAAACCGACAUUCCAACAGAAACCAAGCAUCGCUGUCAAACUCAAAACAGACAAUAACAGCUGAUUUUAUUAAGACUCAACAUUUAAUUUGAUAAAGAUGAAAAAUCCCACACCCAUCACUGAAUUUAAUCACCACUUUGUUUUUACAACUUGUGUUACUUUUUUUUUUUUUCAAAUGUCACUAACUUUAGAGGCAUUUUAGCUACAUGACGUGUUUUAGGUCCUUAUUAAUAUUACUGGUAUUUCCUCUGAAGUAUGUUUUUUUCCCGUUUUCCCAGAGGUCCCUGUCUGGUGAAUCUGUGUGCUUUCUUAAACACUGAGGAAAAACUCAGGUUCAGUGUUCUGUUAGGGUUUUACAGUUACAUAGAGAUUGGUUCAGUGUGAGUGUAAAGUAUGUGUUUUGAGAUUUUUGACAAUAAAAUGAUUAGUUGUUUCUGCUA